AUAUCAUCAAUGGCGUGUGAGGUAUUUAAAAUGUCCGCAUCCAUUCUUCCCUCUGGCUAUGACUGAUGAACUCCCUCAUCAAAGCCGUAUCAUUGCUCAAGCUAACUACUUCAGCAUUCAACUGUUCAUUAAUCCAUUCUUCAUCGGACGUCUGCGCUAGACUAAUCGAUAUCUACUGCCUUAAUCAGUCGUUGAGCUCAGGCAGAGCCCUCCACGCUCGCCUGAUCGUCAAUGGUCCGCCUCUCCCCACCCACAUCGCCUGCAAGCUCAUUGCUUUCUACGUCCAAUUCGGCCAAUUCGCCGAGGCUCGCCAUUCGUUUGACGGAAUUCCCCAGACAGAGCCCCGACGCUGGACUGCCCUCCUCAGCGCGUUUACUCGACAGGGGCACCAUGACGAGGCCCUGCGAGCAUUCCGUGAGAUGCAGAGACAUGGCACAGGGCCCGUGGAGUUCGUGCUCCCCAGCAUCCUCAAAUCCUGUGGGAGACUGCGCGAUCUACGGGCUGGAGAGUGUAUGCACGCCAUUGUUGAGAAGCGUUCCAUGGAAGAUGACCCAUUUGUGAGCUGCGGAUUGGUCGAUAUGUACUUGAAGUGCGGUCUUGUCGGAAGGGCACGCCAGGUAUUCGAGGGAAUGCCCGUGAAAGACUUGGCCGUGUUGAAUGCUCUGGUGUCAGGAUAUGCGCGGCAUGGGUUGAUGCAAGAGGCAUUAGAGCUGGUGGAGAAUGUGAGAUCUGCGGGUUUAAAUCCUGAUCUUGUUACUUGGAAUAGCAUAAUUGCCGGGUUUUCGCGUAAGGGCGAUGCUUCGAUGUUUCCUAAGGUUUUCAUGACGAUGAUGAUUGAUGGAUUUGAGCCUGAUGUUGUUUCAUGGACUUCCGUCAUCUCUGGGUUCGUUCAAAACUUCUGGAUUCGUGAUGCUUUCAGGACAUUCGCAGAGAUGAUGGCUCGUGGUAUUCUUCCAAACUCGGCCACAAUCAGCAGCAUCCUGCCUGCUUGUGCUUCACUGGCAGAUUUAAGACGUGGAAAGGAAAUUCACGGGCAUGCAAUUGUCAUCGGAGUUGAAACAGAUGUGUUUGUUAGAAGUGCUCUUGUGGACAUGUAUGCAAAAUGCGGUCUCAUAUCGCAUGCAAAGAUUUCGUUUGAUCAGAUUUCUGAGAGGAGCUCUGUUUCUUGGAACACAAUGAUCUUUGGGCUAGCAAACAACGGUUAUUGCAACGAAGCCAUCGAAACAUUCGCUCAGAUGGAGAAAGAGGAUAGGGGGAGGAUUGAUCAUUUGACCUUCACCGCAGCUCUUACUGCCUGUAGCCAUGGUGGGAUGAUCGAGUUCGGGAAAAGCCUUUUUAAGAAUAUGCAGGAGGUAUAUGGAAUCAAGCCAAGACUCGAGCAUUAUGCUUGCCUGGUGGAUCUCCUUGGUCGAGGGGGAAAUCUUAUGGAAGCUCACAAUCUGAUCAAGGCGAUGCCAAUGGAAGCUGAUAUGUUUGUCUGGGGAGCAUUGCUGGGUGCAUGUAGAAUGCACGGGAGCAUAGAGCUCGCCGAGGUGGCUGCUCGGCAUCUGUCUGAGCUCGAGCCUAGGAGCCCAGGGAGUGGUUUGUUGUUGUCCAGUUUGUACGCCAAUGCUGGUGGCUGGGAAUAUGCUUCGCAGUUAAAGAGGAUGACACGGAGAAGGAAAAUGAGAGAGUUUCUCGGUCGUACUUGGAUAGAGGCAAUGGGGUGAUCGAGCAGACACAAAUUCACUGAUUUUCUGAGUUACAGGCUUUGCCUCAGUUCAGCUCCACUUUUCGGCCUCACAUGAUAUCAGUUCACUUAUUUGGCACUGCAUCGUUUGUUUUCAAAACAAAGUACAUGAAUAUUGAAA